AUGUUUCUGACAGAAGAACAGCUCGAAUCAAUCCAAAGAAAAAGAAGAGCAUGCCUUCUGGCUGCCGGCGAGCCAGAUCCAGUCUCUGAGCCAGAGGUGUGCCCGGACGAAAACAUGUCCCCUAUCGUUUCGACAGACCCCGAUGAGGAAUUGUUUGAGAAAUUCGACAAAAGCCUGGUUGCUGUGCCAAAGUCAGUGGAGACAGUGGAUCCAAAGAUAUGCACGGACCAAACACCUAUAGGCUACAUGCUUCCAAGAAUCGGUCUCGAUGAGAAUUCUGAUUGGACUCCUCAGUUGGUGCACUACAGCGGAAAAAUUCGCAAGAUGAUGAAUAAAGUGGCCAAGAGAUUCAUUCGUCAAAUCAAGAACAGCCGGGGUUAUGAUUUGGACGUCCUGCCUCCUGAGUGUAUGUUCUGUCCUUUAAUUCCAGAAUUAUGGUUCAAAAAAAGUUUAAGUAUGUAUGCCAAAGUCAAGAACGCAACACAGUUCGUCAUCAAGACUGGUCUCAAUCGGGAUAAAACGCACAAACCAUACGAGCUCGUGGACAUUAAGAAAGUAGUUAGCACCGGUGGCUACUGGCAUUUGCUUUUGACCUUUACUGUUAAGGAAGUUGACACCCACGUUGGGGAAGAUGAUGAGCCCUUCGACUACGGGGUUGUGGACGAUAAAAUCUAUGAUGACAAAAUCGAUGAUGACCUUCCCAAUCCGGAUCUUGUAGAGAUUGACUAUGACAAUGACAAGGAUAGUUUGUUUAACUAUAUCAGCAAAGGCGACGGUGAUGGUGAUGUUGAUGGUGCUCUGAAAACCUACCAAGCUACUGUCGGUGGACUUGUGGCAGGCUUUGGAGGUCGGCUUGUUGUAGGAGGAACUGGAGGUGGUGGAUUUGGUGGCGAUAGUAUUGGGCUAGCAAUUGGCGGAGGUUCGAGCGAGCUUCGUUUUCAGGGGAUAUUGUUUCAGCUUAACAUGGAAGAAGUUUCCCAAUCAUCUACCGUACCUAUUUAUCUUGUUACGGUUCUUGAUGUAAGUUACAUGGAAGGUACCAAGAUUGCAUUAUUAAAGCAGGCUAUGGGGUUUCUGAUACCAAACCUUGGUCCCAAUGGCAGGCUCUUCGUCGUCGCCUUCUCUCACAAUUGUCGGCGUCUAUUGCCGCUUCGUAGGAUGUCUGAAUCAGGAAGAGCAGAUGGAGGGACUGACAUUGCUCAAGGGUUGCGCAACGGCGCAAUUGAGCCCAAAGUACUUCAGACAUUGGUGAUGGAAGAUCGCAGGUACAAGAAUCCUGUUUCCAGUAUUAUAUUAUUAUAUGAUGGACAAGACAACAAUGUCUCCAUGAAACAGCCUCAAGUUUCAUGUCAAUGGGAACUUCUUGAAGCCAUACAACAUCAAGUAGUUGGAGAGAGACCCUCUAGAAUCAAAGAGUUUAAAGGAUGCCCUGUGAAAAGUCUAAGCUCAAUGAUUAUUAAACAAUCUUUGUCUGAUGUUAGUAGGCCGUUAGCUAUUGCUACAAGAGCUGUGCAAAUUAAUUAUUGA